UAAAUACGCCUGUUAGAUAGACGGAUGCAACACUUGCUUCUCUGACGACGCCUCGACUGCACACACAGGUUGCCACUGGCCCAUUAACUCGUCUCUCCCAUAAUUCUUUUCGUCGCUUCUCAACUCGGCUCCUCGACCGGUCAGGACACUCACCUUGCUCCCUUGCGGGACGUUGCUGAACCAGCUAGUGCUGAGCGGAGUGACGUACUCAACUGUGAACCCCUGGAUCCACUGCAGAUCGAAUCGCAUCGCAGCGCAAUUGCGUCCUUGCGAUUGUCUGGAAGGCGACCAUCUCGACGGCAUCCCUCCUCCUCUGCCGAUCCAAUUGAUCAUCCGCCCUGCACGGCAUCUCCGGGGACUCUCGCGUUUCAAUCAUGAAGGUCUCAUCCGUCUUUGCGACGGCCGUCUGGCUGGCUUUUGCCAGUGCUGCCGCCCUCAAGGAGCUCUCUGCCAAGAACGCCGGAUCUACCGAGCCCGUUGAACGGCUCGCCACAAGAGGCAUCGGCGAGGCGCCGCAUUUCCCAGAGCCCAAGUACUUUAAGGAAUCCAGACAACAAGCGCAUUAUGACGCAAGGUUCACAAAGGGUCCUCUCCCAGAAGCUGCCCAGCGAGAUGCCAUUCGAGUCCUCAUCCAGACCUACCUCUCCACCUUCCGAGAUCUCGGAGUCCAGACCUGGUUAAUGCACGGCACUCUCCUGGGCUGGUGGUGGGGCAAGGAGGUCAUGCCUUGGGACCUUGACGCCGAUGUUCAGGUGACUGAGGCGGACAUGUACUUUCUCGCGGCGUACCACAACAUGACCAUCUACUACUACAAGUACGGUGACAUGACGAAGGGCCGCUUCUUCCAGCUUGAGAUCAACCCCUACUUCAAGUACCGAGGGCAAGACGAUGUCCUCAAUGUCAUUGAUGCUAGGUGGAUUGACUUGGACACUGGCCUGUUCAUCGAUAUCACGGCUGCGAGAUACAACCUGGAGCAUGAGGAGGGCGAGGGCAUGCUCUACGACAAGCACGGCCAUGAGUAUAGAGAUACUUACUUAUUCCCCCUGCGAGACACCACCUUUGAGGGUGUCCCAGCCAAGAUCCCGUUUCGCUACAAAGAGAUGCUUGCGUCAGAGUAUGGUCAGAAGGCCUUGACAAACACAAAAUUCCACGACCACGAGUUUGACCAGAAAUUGAUAAAAUGGGUUCCAAAGGUUUAGAGGCCCAUUUAGAGGCCCACUCAUCAACACCACCCUUGUCAUAAAGUUGAAUGACCGUCAUUGCAACGCAGACAUGAUGCACUGUACGAGUAAUGGAAUCAUGAAGAGAUUGUCAAAUUUGGAUCUGUACGGAUGGGAAUUAAAAGGAGGAUAUUACUAGCUCAUGAUACCCGGCCCAGGGAACGUGGCCAUUGUACAAGACAUCUCUUCAUAGAACGUGGCGUCACGGGAUUAAUAACAUUGGGAUAAAUAGAAGCAAUAAGAAGGGCACGAAUUAAUUGAUGCAC